AUGUCCCAAGCAGGUCCCUCCUCCCCGCGAGCACCGACGACAAGGUCACCCGAGUCUCCUCACGACACGCUUACCUCUGCGAAAGACCCAUCACAGCCAGCAGCAACAGGAUCAACCUCGACAUCAGCCCCAAUCUCACCUCGCUCCCCCGCUCGCCGCCCCUCAUCGUGUAGAGGCACCAAACGCAGCCCAUCCGUCUCCCCCGUCCCCGAAGAAUCGAACACCACCUCCACCUCCCCACCCCCCCAUGCGGUGGACGCAUAUCCCCCAACGAAGCGCUCCCGUCCACCCCCAGAGCCAGCCGUCAAACGUCGCGGCCAACGUCUAUUCGGAAUGCUAACAUCCACGCUCACCCAGUUCAAAGCUGAAUCCGAAUCCACCCGUUCCACCAGCGCCGCUCAACGUCGAGCAGAAAUAGAAGCUCGUCUAGCAACCAAACUCAAACAGACCGACUCUGUCCUCUCUGCGACCGAACGCAAAAAGGAUCUUGUAUGGGAAGCGAGAGGUAUUGCCGAGCAAAUUGCAUCUGGCGAUGCGCAGAGAAAGACUUUGAGGGGGUUGAAGAGAAGGAUGGCUAGUUUUUUGUUCACUCCCCCAACAACCUCUGCCGUUAGCGGUAGGAAGAGAGCGGAGAGGUUGGCACCCGAGAUUCCUACUUCGACUUCAGCGGCAGGAGAUGCGGGAGGAUAUGCAUUGUACUUUUUGCCCGGGAAAACGUUGCCGGAGCAAGAAGAUAAGUUGAAUCAACAGGAAGAUCAAGUGGAUGAAAAGAUUGAUAAGUUUGAUGAUGGAUGGGAUGAGAGACGCAGGCAGCUCCUCCGUCGAUUGCAGGCGGUGAAGGAGAAGAUCGGCAAGAUUUGA